CAGCGGGGAAAGGGGAGGAGUGCAUGGCUUUAUGGAUCAGUUGCCCGCAAAGGGAAGGUGCUGCUGAGGUAUCCUUUGGCAAAGUGUUGGAGUCGGCAUCCCUCUCCGCAUGUCGAGAUGGUGAGAGCUCCUCUCUGCAUUCCCUACGCUCCAGAAACAGAAAUCUGGGAUUUGGCAUCUUGUCAGGUUGAUAGAGUUGGGUGUGAAUUGAAUCCCGACUGCUCUAGGAAAUUAAAAUAGCAUCAUGGAACUUCGCAAAGGCAUAAUGGACUUCAUGAGUGUUCCACUUUAAAUAAUAGAUGGCAGAUGUAUCCUACAACUAAUGGAAUCUCUCUGCAGCAUUGGCUGAGAUGCCUGAAGCCGAGAUUCUCACUAUGGUGCAAAGGCCUCCUAUAGAAGGCGGAGUGUCAGAAGUUGAAAUAAUAUCCCAACAAGUAGAAGAAGAGACCAAAAGCAUAGCCCCUGUACAGCUUGUUAAUUUUGCUUAUCGGGAUUUGCCACUAGCUGCACUAGAUCUGUCUGUAGCAGGUUCCCAGCUCUUGUCAAAUUUGGACGAGGAGUACCAAAGAGAAGGAUCUAACUGGCUUAAACCGUGCUGCGGGAGGCGAGCGGCUGUGUGGCAGGUAUUUUUGCUCAGUGCAAGUCUCAACAGUUUCCUGGUAGCCUGUGUAGUAUUGGUGGUGAUUCUUCUGACUCUGGAACUCCUAAUAGAUAUAAAGCUUCUCCAGUUUUCAAGUGCAUCACAGUUUGCUGGAGUUAUUCACUGGAUCAGUCUAGUUAUCCUCUCUGUGUUCUUUUCAGAGACUAUUUUGAGAAUUGUUGUUCUUGGUAUAUGGGACUACAUUGAAAAUAAAAUAGAGGUCUUUGAUGGUGCUGUGAUAAUCCUAUCCUUGGCUCCUAUGGUGGCGUCUACAGUGGCAAAUGGACCAAGCAGUCCAUGGGAUGCUAUCAGUCUUAUUAUCACACUGAGAAUUUGGAGAGUCAAGAGGAUUAUUGAUGCGUACGUAUUACCAGUUAAAGUGGAAAUGGAGAUGGUGAUUCAGCAGUAUGAAAAGGCAAAAGUCAUUCAGGAUGAGCAACUAGAAAGAUUAACCCAGAUCUGCCAAGAACAAGGGUUUGAAAUUAGGCAGCUCAGGGCUCACUUAGCUCAGCAAGAUCUGGAUCUCGCGGCCGAGAGAGAAGCUGCUCUGCAAGUCCCUCACAUGCUGAACAAACAGACAAGUAACCGAUACAAGGUUGUGGCCGCUGGGGGUGAUUCGGACGAUGAAGCUACCGAGAACAUCAUGGAAUUGCGACCGCCGCGGGAGGCCAUGGUGAAAGAUGACAUGAACAACUACAUCAGCCAAUACUACAAUGAGCCCAGUAGCGACAGCGGCGUUCCCGAGGGAGCUAUCUGUGUCAUUACGACCGCCGCCAUCGACGUCCACCAGCCCAACAUCUCCUCAGACCUCUUUACAGUGGAAGUGCCAAUGAAGAUCAUAGGGAGCAAUGGGACUUCCACCAGCAUCUCCAGGUCCACGGACAGCUCCGUCACCCGGGCUCAGAGCGACAGCAGCCAGACCUUUGGCUCUUCCACGGACUGCAGUACGACCCGGGAGGAGUCCUCUGAGUAUUGCCCUUUGGAGAGGGCCUGCCAUGUAGCCAAACGUGAUCAGGUAGAUUCUUCUUCCAGCCAAAGCAGGGUCAACAACGCCGUGGUGCAAGAACUGCUCUCGUCCUUGUCCGACGACUCCUGCUUGACACAAAAAAGACUGGAUCCGGUCAACCUUAAACUGCCAAGCCCAGCAGGGUCUACCAAAGCCAGCCCUGAACUGGAUCACCGAGUGAACAUUUACAACAAGAAGAACCAAGAAAGCUUUGGUGUGUUUCAGAUCAAGCCGGUAAUCCACUUCCAGCAGAACGCACCAGUGAUCGACAAGUAUACGUCUUUGGAAUCCAAAGAUCAAAAGUUAAACAGGGUCCCAGAUUCAUAGUCCUUUUGUUGCCAUGGAAGGGGGGGAGGUUAAUAAAUGAAGGAGACGUUUCACAAGAGGGACAUUUUAGUGCUUUAAGCGGGGCCAUCCAAGCCAUCCCCGGGUGGGCAUUUUGUGUGGAUUGGAAUGAGCUGAAAAUUCAUUUUUUAAAAAAUGCAUGAGUUGGGAAAGCCAGCACGAAAAACUUGACAUUUCUACCAUAUGAAGUCCUCAGGCUUCGCUCCCCAAAAGAAGAAAUGGGGCUUGGGGGAACCACUCUGUUAAAACAAUGACCUCAAAGAUGUAUAGAUUCUUAAUGCAUUUCUUUUAUUCUUUUUUUUUUAAUAAGGCAUACAUAAUUCCCCCAAUUUUUACGAAACUCUGGACAAUCUUCUAUCAGGUCAGGUUUCAGCAGGGUACAGUACAAGCAGAUGUAAACUUCUCUCCUACUGCAAUUUCUUACACUUUCCCUUUGUACAUGACAGCUAUAAGACCCUCUUUGUAUAAAUAAUGGCAAUUAUUUUUGUUCUUCCUGGGGAGAAGGGAGGGGAAAUCAUUUUUCAAGGCGCACUUUGAAUGAUGCCGAUCAAAGAAAUUUGGAAAAAAAAGAAGUGUGAUCUCUUUAUUUUUAGCAUGAACUUUGCAGGGGGGAAAUAUUUUGACAAAACUAAUUGCCUCCAAGACAACCGAAUGAAGAUGGACAUUUUACAAAUAUUGUUUAAUUAAAAAGGGUUUUUAAAAAAAAAAAAGAAAGAAAGCAAAGACAAGCCUAAAUUUGUUCAGGUUUUAUUUUUGCAACAACAGAGUUGGUACUGAGAUGGUAGCGUUUCUUUGAAACGUUGGUUUAACAUCCUUUGUGGGAUGACCUAAUGGACGGGGAGUUUUGCUUUGCGGAUGUGCAUUUCUUAAGCAUCUUACUUGAGUGGGUUGAAAUAUCCAGUGCCAGU